UACUUCCUUCCUAGCUAUCCAAAAUUUACAAGGCGUGACAAAGGAGAAGAGAUCUAGUUUAGCUUUUGGGCAAGAAAACAAUGACGCAGACCACCCCAAACCACACUCAGACCGUUGCCGGGUGGGCCGCCCACGACUCUUCGGGACACAUCAGUCCGUUCGUCUUCAAAAGAAGAGAAAACGGCAUUGAUGAUGUAACCAUCAAGAUCUUGUAUUGUGGGAUGUGUCACACGGAUCUACACCACAUAAGAAAUGACUGGGGAAUCACCAUGUAUCCUGUUGUUCCUGGGCACGAGAUCACGGGCGAGAUCACAAAAGUGGGGAGCAACGUGAGUGGAUUUAAGGUGGGAGAUAAAGUAGGAGUGGGGUGUUUGACUGCAUCAUGCCUCAAAUGCGAGUUUUGCAUGGAUUCGCAGGAGAACUACUGCGAUAACGUCCAGUUCACAUACAAUGGCGUCUUCUGGGACGGGAGCAUCACUUACGGUGGUUAUUCAGAAAUGCUGGUAGCUAACAAGAGGUACGUCGUUAAGAUUCCAGACAGCCUGCCGUUAGAUGCUGCCGCCCCACUAUUGUGCGCCGGGAUCACAGUGUUCAGCCCUAUGAAACGGCAUAACAUGCUUCAACAACCUGGAAAGAAACUUGGAGUGGUAGGGUUAGGUGGUCUGGGGCAUGUUGCAGUCAAGUUCGGGAAAGCAUUUGGGUUGCAUGUGACUGUGAUCAGCACCUCCCCAUCUAAGGAAACGGAGGCCCGAGAACGCUUGGGAGCUGAUGAUUUCCUCGUUAGCUCCAACAACGAGCAAAUGCAGGCAGGUAAAAGGAGUUUGGAUUUCAUAGUGGACACAGUAUCUGGACGACAUAACCUUGGGCCCCUCUUAGAACUACUUAAAGUAAGCGGGACCCUGGUGUUCGUGGGUGCGCCCGAUAAACCCGUCGAGCUCCCUGCUUUCCCUCUUAUAUUCGGCCAACGGGUCAUAUCAGGGAGCAUGAUCGGAGGCAUGAAGGAGACACAGGAGAUGAUGGACUUGUGUGGCAAGCACAACAUCACGUGUGACAUAGAGCUCAUCAAACCCGACUACAUAAACACGGCUCUGGAGAGGCUCACACGGAAUGAUGUGAGGUACCGCUUCGUCAUCGACAUUACUGCCAAUGAAUCUAAGCUCUAGAAUGUAGCACCCGGCAAGCUUCGCACUUAGCUUUCAUUUGUAGCAGCUUUCAGUUGUUUCGUUUGUAGCAGUUUGUGUUUCUUUUACUCAUUCCUGCAGUAGGAUUUCCGUGAGUUUAUUAUUACUCUUUAGUUUUAGUAUCAAUGAAUAAGAAGGACAUCUAAAUACUUCUUCAGUCA